AUGUCUGAAGCAAGCGAGGAGAGUAGCACAUCGAGUGUUUCGCAGGAACGGCGGAGGGCAAGGCCCGUCUCCGGAUCUGACGGCAAUGCGAGCCUGCCCGCAGCGCGGCGCCGAAGGGUGGAUGCGGGGCAGCAAAGGCAGUGGUCUCUUUACAGUACGGUGAAAACUGUACUGAUGGCGGGAGAAGUUCGUACCAGUGGCAUAAAACUAAAUUAUUUUCUUUGCAAAAAUUUCGGCGGCGAGGCAGUUAUCGAUGAAGACCACAAUGUUAUGAUUGAGUUUUUUUUCAGCAGCCCGAUGCGUACAUUGAAGACGGGGAGCUUCUCCGUGGAAUUUUCAACUCAGAAGAAUACAAGGCUUACACACUGCUUCAAGAUUGUUACAAGCUGCAUGACAUCGGCGUCGUCGAUCUCAGCGAUUGGAAGGACUGUUGCGAGGGAGCUGCGCCAAAUAUUGGGCCUUACGCCAGGAGGAAGCUAG